AUGUGUGGCCCAACGGAAUCCCAGACCAAAAAUGCAGAGUUCAUGAAGCAAAACACGCAUGACUGCGACAAGGACGUACUCAUCCCAGGCAUGCUUCCAAUGACAUGCCACGAUCUGAAUCCCCAAGACGUUGGUGACAAAGCAAUCAAGAUCCAGAUUGCUAAAACCACCAUGACACAGUUUGCACAGAGAGCCGACGGCCUUUUGACAGCCUGUGCUCCGGAAUAUGACAGUGUAGAAUGUCUCGGCGCCAUCUCGGAUUGGAUUGCAUGUGAACGAGGUCGGCAAACGUUCCAUCUUGGUCCCAUGUUACCACUUACUCCGGGCACUACUACCUUCUCCGCCAAAGCUAUUGAAGUUGAAAUCAAUACAUGUCCGGAUGGCUCUGGUAUCGUCGUCACACGUUUCUUGGAUCGCUGUAUGCUAUCUCAUGGAAGGCAUAGUGUCUUCUACAUCAGCUUUGGCACAGAGCACUGGCCAUCCUCUCUUGAUCACCUCGAAAUCCUUCUAGACGCCAUGGUGGCCCGUAAAUAUCCCUUUCUACUGGCACAUGCACAUGCGGAUGCGCAAACCAUCUCCAAGCUGAAAGACAGAUACCUUGCUAAUGACGAAGCACUCAUUCUGCCAUUUGUGCCGCAACAAACCGUGCUAUCCCACGAGCAAGACCCCAUCGACCCGUCCCGCAUAUUCACCUGUCUCAGGAUCGGUUGGCCCUUUGCCAUUGACCAGCCUCUCAAUAUUGCCCACAUGGCACAUACUAUGGACGCUGGCUUUGAAUUCACACAGAUGCGAGCGAACUACUGUCCCGUCAAGGCAGCCAGAACCCAGGAUGUUCUACCUGACAUGGAUGCUUGGGAAAAGGAAGUUGGAGACGUUUUGGCAGCAGCUUUUACAGCUGUGGGCGAGAGGAAGCGGAGGAACGCUGAAUUGAUUGGAAAUAAUCUUGGAAAAGCGUGGGCAGAGGAUAGUGGGAGAGCUAGGCUGCAGCUUUCUAGGUUUCUAGAUACGAUGGGCGUUUGA